UACUGGCCAUCGCUCUUGACUGACUGAGAAAUAAGCCAAUGAAACCAAGCCUAUCGGGAAGGGGCGUACCCCGCGGGCAGUCAAAUUUGCGCGGUUUGGUCCUGGCGUAGUCAUGGCUGCCUUCCGCGAUAUCGAGGAGGUGAGCCAGGGACUGCUGAGCUUGCUGAGCGCUAACCGCGCCGAGGCGCAGCAGCGGCGGCUGCUGGGGCGCCACGAGCAGAUAUUGGAGCGGCUGCUGGAGACGCAGGACGGCGCCGAACAGCGGCUGCAAGAGACACUGGCUACAGAAGAAGAGGUGGCCCAAAGCCUUCUUCACUCAAAGGAGCGCAGCUGCCAGGGGAACGCGGAGCUACAGCAGCUGGAGGCCGAGCUCCAGAGGGCGGCUGAGGACGAUGCCCAUCUGCAGGCCAGCCUCCUUCAGCUCACCGGAGAGCUGGAGGAGCUCAGGGAGCUGGAGGCCGAUCUGGAAAGACAGGAGAGAGAUGUUGACGAGGACACGACUGUCGUCAUCCCUUCUGCCGUGUAUGUGGCUCAACUUUAUCACCGAAUGAGUAAAAUAGAGUGGGAUUACGAGAGCGAGCCAGGAGUGAUCAAAGGCAUCCAUUACGGCCCCAGUGUGGCCCAGCCCAUCCACCUGGACAGCACCCAGCUCUCCCAGAAAUUCAUCAGUGACUACCUCUGGAGCCUGGUAGACACCGAGUGGCAGCCAGGAGCCUCGUGACCUGCAGAAUCGGCCUUGGCGGGUGGUGGGUAGCUCCGUGGUGAUCAGUUUAAAUAUCUGUAUAUAUUCUGCUGUCGAGUACAACUAAGUAGAACAAAUAAAAAAA